UUUGCUGUGUGGAGAUGAGACGUUGUGUCUCCAAGACUUUUAUUUUGAUGUGCACAUCUUCUGAUUUCCGCUCUCAUUUCCCCUCACAGUGCGUAAUUUGGUGCCACUGGACCUGCAGCCCUGACAGGAGUCUCCCUCCCUUCCUCCCUCUCUGUCGCCGGGUGUCUCCCCCUCCUUGCACUUCUCGCUCAGGUGUGACAUUCUUGCGCUGCCUCACUGCCGAGAACAUGACGGACUCCAAACCUCCAGACUCCACCGCCGCCCCGCACCCGGCUGUGGUUGUGGAGCCCGCGGCGGUGAACGGCCAGUGCGAGCAGGCGGACUCCCAGGAGCAGCAGCAGCAGCAGCAGCAGCGGAGCAGCACAGAGCGUCCGGGAGAGGGUCUGAAGAUGGACCAGGAGAUGAAGAUGACAGAGAGCAUAGAUGACAGAGGUCUUCUGGAGAGCAGCAUGCGUCUGAAGCCUCAUGAAGCACAGAGCUACCGUAAGAAAGCCCUGUGGGUAUCCUGGGUGUCCAUCGCUGUCACCAUUGUCCUCGCCAUCGCUGCUUUCACUGUUUCCAUCAUGCGCCACAGUGCUUCAGCUUUUGGAUUCGCUUUCGAUGCCACGCUGGACGUGUUGUCCUCCGUCAUUGUGCUGUGGCGGUACAGCAACGCUGCAGCUGUUCAUUCUGCACACCGGGAAUACAUAGCCUGUGUUAUCCUGGGUGUGAUUUUCAUCCUGUCCUCCUUGUGCAUUCUGGGUAAGGCCAUCCAUGACCUGGCCACCAAGCUGUUGCCUGAAGUGGAUGGCUUCCUUUUCAGCGUGUCCAUCGUCAGCGGCGUGGUGUGCAUCCUCCUGGCCGUGGUGAAGUUCAUGCUGGGUAGAGUGCUGACGAGCCGAGCCCUCAUCACGGAUGGAUUCAAUUCACUGGUGGGAGGAGUCAUGGGCUUCUCCAUCCUCAUCAGUGCCGAGGUGUUCAAGCACGAAGCCCAGGUGUGGUACCUGGACGGGACAAUAGGGGUCCUCAUAGGCCUCAUCAUCCUCGCAUAUGGAGUCAAGCUGCUGCUGGACAUGGUUCCACGGAUCCGACAAACCAGGAACUAUGAGCGUUUUGAGUGAUGGAGAUGAAGAAGAGGAGGGGAUAGGGGUUGGGGAUUGGGGGGGUGGGAUUGACAGGUGUGGGUCUGUGAUCACUGCCCCCCCCCAUGUCUCCGCAGACUCUCAGGCCUGGAGUUUUGCCAGCGACCUGAGGAUCGGGCGGAGGGAGGGUGAUCAAACUCUUGUGGCACCUUUUUAAGUGUUUUACAAUUUGCUGUAAAUAUAAUAUGUUUGUCUUUGAGCCGUGAGCAGCUCUCUGUUGUUCCACGUAGAAAACACGAGCAGAAAGAUCUGAGCUGGGAGGGAACGUCAAGACAAGUACAAAUACACAAAGGCAACAUUUCUGUGCAGUAAGAUGAUGUACGAUACCUCAGUUCCUCCUCAUCGCCCUGUCCAAACGCACGCUUUGUUUUUUCCCAUGGUUCCUAGAGGCCUCUGUGCGGCUGUGUGUGUGUGUAGCAGUGAAGUGUUGAUGGCGUUUUGAGAGAGUGACGUCAACACGAGGCCUCGUACGGAACAUGAACACACACACUGUCGCUGAUGGGGUUUCUGUUUACAGUGUUUAUCUGGAGUGACGUCAUAGUGACCUCAUCAUUAGCCUGAUGACAUCAUCAGUUUUACAGUCGUGACUCUACCUCCAGUUCAGCGUCACACACGAGAAAAACCCAACUCGGUUUACUUCAUGUUAAUAAAAGUACGUAUUUAGACAUCUUGUGCCAUCUACUGGCGAGUAGAGGUAUCCACGUCUCACAUGUUGAUAAGAGAUGGAGAGUUUAUUAGAAACGAUUGUUCUGUCGUGUGGAAAGUUAAAGUUGUUGUUUCACAUCUUGAGGUAGAAAUGGAGACAGAUGCUUUGAUAGAAGUUAGUUUUUCUCUCCGUGUGGCUGCUCAGACUGAACCUGCUGGGUUUUCUGUCUCCUUCACAUCAUAUCCAGUUUCUGAGCUGAAUCCAUGAACCUUCUUUGGAUCUCCAGCUUUGCAUCGUCACAGCAGCUGAGCCAGUUUGUGACAAAUGUGUUUGUGGAUUGUAAUUGUAAAACAGAAUGUUUCACCGUGCACAGAAGUAGAAUAAGAUCUUUGAGAGGAAGAGAAAGACUUCCUUGUUUGAAUUUAGGCUCGUUUCAUUUUCAGUUUGACCUCAGUGAGAAUGAGUUUCUCCUGUUUUUCUAAUUUCUUCUGUCUCGUCAUCGAUGAUAAAUUCUGAGCCGACAGUUUAAAACUUCUUCUGUUGCAUUGUUUCAUUUUCCUUCUCACCUACUUUUGCUACUUUCUGUGAAAUAUUCCAAUCUACUGUGACAGAUUCCGUCCUCCAGCAAAGUUGAGCUUCAGUUUGUCGGCGGUCGGUUAUCGAUGAGUUGAUCAGACAGGAG